AUGGGGAAUUGUGUCAAGUCUCCUCUUCGAAACCUCUCUCAGAAGCACUCUGUAUGUUAUAAGAUGCACCAGGAGGAGCGAAGCUGUCUCAGAUCGGCGCAGUCUGGGGAAGAGGGUGCUCAGGGGCCUCUAAUGCUUUUGGCACAAAACUGCGCAGUGAUGCACAACCUGCUGGGCCCGGCCUGUAUAUUUCUCCGAAAAGGAUUCGCUGAGAAUCGACAGCCUGACAGAGAGCUGCGCCCAGAGGAAAUAGAAGAGCUCAGAGAAGCCUUCAAAGAGUUUGACAAAGACAAGGAUGGAUUUAUCAGCUGUAAGGACCUAGGGGAUUGCAUGAGGACCAUGGGAUACAUGCCAACCGAGAUGGAGUUAAUAGAACUGUCUCAGCAAAUCAAUAUGAACCUUGGAGGUCAUGUUGACUUUGAUGACUUUGUGGAGUUAAUGGGUCCUAAGCUUCUUGCAGAGACAGCAGAUAUGAUUGGAGUAAAAGAACUUCGAGAUGCCUUCAAAGAGUUUGAUACAAAUGGAGAUGGAGAAAUCAGUACAAGUGAACUACGGGAGGCAAUGAAAAAGCUUCUGGGACAACAAGUUGGUCACAGAGACAUUGAGGAUAUCAUACGUGAUGUUGAUUUAAAUGGGGAUGGACAAGUGGAUUUUGAAGAGUUUGUCCGUAUGAUGUCCCGCUGA